AUGGAAGAGAAGAGAAGAAGAAUAAAAAAGAAGGGGAAGGAAGGGUGGAAUAAAAAAGGGAAUAAGUGGGAGAGAGAAGGGAAGCACGCUGUCCGCGUGGGGAACGGAGGAGCGCGGCAAGCAGAGGAGGGGUUCUAUAAAAAACCUUCAAAACUCUCGCUCUUCCUUUCAACUCCAAAUCCAUUUCUGCCACUCUCCCUCUCCCAUUUUUAUCUCUUAACCUCCUCAACUUCCUUCACCCUCCAGCUUCUGGGUUCUCCGCUUUCCCUCGUCUUCUGCAUCUGCAUUCUGCGGAUCAGUUCGACUCGGAAAAUGGACCUUCGCCGCCGCCCCAUCCCCGCCACCGCUCACCCACUCAAAACCCAGAAGCUCAAUAACAACAACCUCACCACCACCACCACCACCACCACCACCACCACCAACGCCACUCACUCCCACGCGCCAUCGCCAGCACUUCUCCCACUCUACCUCACCAACGCCCUCUUCUUCGCCACUUUCUUCUCCCUCGCCUACUUCCUCCUCCACCGCUGGCGCGACAAGAUCCGGACCGCCACCCCUCUCCACGUCGUCACCCCUGCGGAAACCGCCGCCAUCGUCUCCCUCGUCGCAUCCGCCGUCUACCUCCUGGGCUUCUUCGGCGUCGCCUCCCGCACCUCCCUCGACGAGCUCUCCGACGAGGAAACCAUCCUCCGCGAAGACUCUCGCGCUCCUGGCCCUUGCCCCGCCGCGCUCCUCGACUCCCCGGCUACCAAGAAAAAGUACAAUCAAAUUCCUCUCCCACGCUCCAAAUCUGUUGACAAAUCGGUGCCCAACGAGUUGUCAGCUCCUCCACCUCUAAAAGCCGCUGACAUGGCAGCACCGGCACCCGCACCAGCACCGAUCUCCCUGUCUCCCGAGGACGAGGAGGUCGUGGAGGCGGUGGUGUCGGGGUCGGUCCCGUCGUACUCGUUGGAGUCGCGCCUCGGCGAGUGCGGUCGGGCGGCCGCGAUCCGGCGCGAGGCGGUGCAGAGGCUCACGGGGCGGUCGCUUGAGGGUUUACCCGUGCAGGGGUUCGACUACGAGUCGAUAUUGGGGCAGUGCUGCGAGAUGCCGAUAGGGUUCGUGCAGAUUCCCGUUGGGGUAGCAGGGCCCUUGUUGUUGGAUGGGAAGGAGUACACUGUGCCUAUGGCCACCACUGAAGGGUGUCUCGUGGCCAGCACCAACAGAGGAUGCAAAGCUAUUUACGUCUCCGGUGGUGCUUCCUCUGUUCUUCUCAGGGAUGGCAUGACCAGAGCACCCGUUGUCAGGUUGCCCUCUGCUCAGCGCGCGGCGCAGUUGAAGUUCUUCUUGGAGGAUCCUCUCAAUUACGAUUCCCUUGCCGUUGUUUUCAACAAGUCAAGCAGAUUUGCCAGGCUGCAGAGUAUUCAGUGUGCUAUUGCGGGCAAGAAUUUGUACAUGAGAUUUCGAUGCAGCACUGGUGAUGCCAUGGGGAUGAACAUGGUGUCAAAAGGUGUUCAAAAUGUCCUUGAUUUUCUUCAGACAGACUUCCCUGACAUGGAUGUUAUUGGAAUCUCUGGAAAUUUCUGUUCGGACAAGAAAGCUGCAGCUGUUAACUGGAUUGAAGGCCGUGGCAAGUCUGUGGUGUGUGAGGCCGUAAUUAAGGAGGAUGUGGUGAAUAAGGUGUUGAAGACCAGUGUCGAGGCCCUAGUCGAGCUUAACAUGCUAAAAAACCUUACUGGCUCAGCUGUGGCUGGUGCUCUUGGUGGGUUCAAUGCCCAUGCUAGCAAUAUUGUGUCUGCUAUCUACAUAGCUACUGGUCAGGAUCCUGCCCAGAAUGUGGAGAGUUCUCACUGCAUCACCAUGAUGGAAGCUGUCAAUGAUGGCAAGGACCUUCACGUUUCUGUGACCAUGCCCUCAGUUGAGGUUGGUACUGUUGGAGGGGGCACACAGCUCGCAUCUCAGUCUGCAUGUCUUAAUUUACUUGGUGUCAAGGGUGCCAAUAAAGAAUCUCCUGGUGCAAAUUCUAGGCUACUGGCCACCAUUGUAGCCGGUUCAGUCCUGGCCGGGGAGCUAUCACUCAUGUCUGCAAUUGCAGCUGGCCAACUUGUAAAGAGCCACAUGAAAUACAACAGAUCUAGCAGGGAUAUGUCUAAAAUUGUCUCCUGA